AGGCGCUGUCUCGCUGCCGCUCUGCUCCCGUGUUGUUGUGGUUAGCUGGAUGCUAGUCCACGCUUGCUUCUCUGUAGCCGGCUGUAGCUGUGAUGUCUCCUCCAUGAGACCGGUGAGCGAGACUGACUUUUGUGGUUAAACAGCGACCGAAGCGCCGUGGACAUGGCCGGGGUUUUCGACAUCGAUUUGGAUCAACCGGACGAGAACGUCUCCGACGACGACCUGGAGGACGGGGUUCAGUUCAGUGAAUACAUGGACCAGUGCACUGGCUUUGAAUUUAACAUGGAUGACUGUGAGAAGUUUGAAAUUUCAGAGAGCAUCGUGAACAAAGGAACAGAGCAAAUCAGGCCUGAAUGCUUUGAGCUGCUUAAAGUUUUGGGAAAAGGUGGCUAUGGAAAGGUGUUUCAAGUUCGGAAGGUAUCAGGUUCUACCUCCGGGAAAAUAUUUGCCAUGAAAGUCCUGAAGAAGGCGAUGAUUGUGCGUAAUGCUAAAGACACGGCGCACACCAAAGCUGAGCGGAACAUUCUGGAGGAGGUGAAGCAUCCGUUCAUUGUAGACCUCAUCUACGCCUUCCAGACUGGGGGAAAGUUGUACCUCAUCCUGGAGUACCUCAGCGGAGGAGAGCUCUUUAUGCAACUGGAAAGAGAGGGCAUCUUCAUGGAAGACACAGCCUGUUUCUACCUGGCUGAAAUCUCGAUGGCACUGGGUCACCUGCAUCAAAAGGGCAUCAUCUAUAGAGACCUGAAGCCUGAGAACAUCAUGCUCAACAACAACGGGCAUGUGAAGUUGACCGACUUUGGUCUAUGCAAAGAGUCCAUCCAUGACGGAACAGUCACCCACACCUUCUGUGGCACUAUUGAAUACAUGGCUCCAGAGAUCCUGAUGAGGAGUGGACAUAACCGGGCAGUGGACUGGUGGAGUCUUGGAGCUCUUAUGUAUGACAUGCUAACAGGCGCACCACCAUUCACUGGUGAAAACCGAAAGAAGACGAUUGACAAAAUCUUGAAAUGUAAACUCAGCCUUCCACCUUACCUCACACAAGAAGCCAGGGACCUUCUGAAAAAGCUGCUGAAACGAAAUGCCUCAUUACGACUCGGGGCUGGACCAGGAGAUGCUGCUGAGGUUCAGGCUCAUUCAUUCUUCCGACAUUUAAAUUGGGAUGACCUCCUUGCUCGCAAAGUAGAGCCGCCAUUUAAACCUUUCCUGCAAUCGGCUGAUGACGUCAGCCAGUUUGACUCCAAGUUCACCAGCCAGCCUCCAGUGGACAGCCCUGAUGACUCCACGCUCAGCGAAAGUGCCAAUCAAGUCUUCCUGGGUUUCACAUAUGUAGCCCCAUCUGUGCUGGAAAACGUCAAAGAGAAAUUCUCGUUCGAACCAAAAGUACGCUCACCACGGAAGUUCCCGGGAAGCCCAAGAACACCUGUGAGUCCUGUGAAAUUUGCAGGAGGGGAGUGUUGGCCCAGAGGACUCAAGCUGACAGGCGGCUCAUCCCUGCUGUCCUCGGGCUCUGGAGAGCAACCUAUGGAAGUGUCAGCAGUGGAGCAAAUGGACACGGGCAGCGGCAGCAACUCGGAGGUCUCGGCGCCACUUCCCAUCAGGCAACCUUCAGGCGUCAAUGCAGGACUGUAUAAAAAGCAGGCCUACCCCAUGAACUCCAAGCGGCCCGAACACCUGCGCAUGAAUCUAUGACGCGCGGCUUGCCUGUGAACAUUAGGACUCUUCUAAUUCCCCUCCUUCUCUUUUAUCGUUUUCUUCAAGAGAGACUUGUAGAAUUUUAUUUUAUUAAGAAAUAUUGCCUGACACUGUCAAUGCAGAUCACCAGCUCUUCCAGCUGCGCCUUCUCCUUUUUGGCCUCCAAAGUCCUCCUGACUCAGCAUGGCCUCCUCAGCCUGCCACUGAUGCUCAGCAAUCUACUACAGUAGUGUAGACAGUACAAAGUCUGCACAUCCCUGUUCAGUGUUUUGUCUGCAGUUUGAACAGGUGUGUUCAGACCUUUUCCACCUUUAAUUUGAACUUUACCCUCUGAAAUUCAAGAGAAUUUUUGUGAAAAUUACCAGGUUGCCUAAAUGUGUGUGACCUAUUAUAAUUGGGGAUGUGGCUGUGUUCAUUAUCAACCAAUCCCAUGAAAACUUGGGUUAAAUAGUAGUCAUUAUACAGCUGACUCGGAUUAACCCUGAAUACGGUUCCCACUAAGUUUUCUUGACAUCACCUUAUUUGUAUUCUAUUGUUUAAGCCAUGAUCCACAAAGAGCCUCCUGGUUGUUGAAAGAUAUUAAUCAGGAGAGAGACAGGGGUAUAAGAAUCUUCAAGGCAUUAGCUAGAAUGUGUUGCACAGAAGAGACGGUUAUCAACAAGUGCAGAAAACGUGGCAUUACAAAGAACAAGUUGUCCAGCAUUGAUGAGACUGGAAGAGGUCGGGCAGGGAGGCUGCUAAGGACGGCGUUAAAGGAGCUGCAGGAGUUUCCUCUGGGUACCGGUUGCUUCCUAAAUGUCACAACGGAAUCUCAUUUUUUUCAUUUGACAAAAGCUUUUUCUCACAAAGAAAACAUCCAACCCUGGUUUAAGUUUGGUCCAGUUCUCCCAACACAUAGACGGUGUGUUAUUUUCUGAUGAGACCACAGUUUUGACACAAAAACCCAGCAACACAUCACGGACAGAACAACAAACCAAGGCUAGACUCCAAACCAAUGAGAGAGAUCUGCUUCUGCUCCCAGUGUUUUUGUCACACGGUAUUUAUUGGGAUCUUAAAUAGUUUUUUGCAGGUUAUAGUUCACAUCUGAGUUAAACAGUGAUGUGUAGACUCUGUAUCUACUGUAGAUGUGCAGUCAGUCUGAGGAGUGGUGUAGGAGAGGUGCUUCUCAAAGGAAGUAGAUUUGCUUCUCGGCUGGACAUGACCAGUUGAUAAAUGGGCUGUAGCUUGUUACCGUGUACUCAGCCGGUGUUAUAUGACUUAAUGGUGCUUUUUUAUCCUCAAGUCUGGACCAUGUUACUUUUAGUGUUUACGACUUGUCGCCUCCAUCACGUUGAGAGACUUUGGUUACAGGAGGUUUCCUCUUCUCCCUCAACAUGCCAGACUGUUUUUGUUUAGUUUGUUACUUUAAGUUCACCUUUUGAUAAUACCUUGCAGGUUACACUAUGAGUCAAUGUAGAAAUACUGAAUUGAAUUCCACUAUGAACACAGCAUUCCUUUACAUUGGAGGAAAAUAAUCACUUUGCCUUUGUCUUUGUCGCCGGAGCGUGUGGUUAGGACCGGGGGGGGCAGGGGGGCAUGACUUACGGUAAAAGCAGCUAUAAAAAGAUGAGCAGUGAAAUUUCAGACGAAAGCAUCGGUUCACCACAAUCGAUUCUGCUGCCUCGGCUGACUGGAAUGCUUUCUGCAGGAGGCCUGUCCAGAAGCACCAUUCAGUUCCUUUGUGUUGAAUGUAAACAGACUUUUAAUGCCUUUUUGCGCUUCGUUCCUAAGACCCCCUGCAGCAUUAUUUUUUUACCUCAUUUACUGUUGCAGUCUCAUUCCUAGUUAUAGUGACCAAGAAACACGUUGACCUGGAACAUGUUCCUCCAAAUUGAUAUCAGAGCCUUUCACUGCUUCCGGCUGCAUUCGUUCAUUUGUUCUAUGUGUUCUGCAUAUGCUUUUAAUGCAUUGACAGUUGAGGGCUCUCAGUGCUAUUGGGAUAAACCCAGUCGCAUAAUAUUCAAAUGGGUUUUAACUGAGAUGUUUGACAUGAAGCUGCAGUUCCAGCCUCUGGAGUCAAAGCUAUUUGAAACUUUGCAUCUUAACCACACAGUCAUAUGCAGAUUUGGAUGGAUGUUUGAAUUGCUCCCUAAUAUUUCUUUUGAUUCAAAUACUUGUUUAAAAUUGACCAAUUGCACUGUCUCAAUGAACCAAAUCCUUUUUGCUGAAUGACGACUGCAGAGUCAGAUUUCUGCCAGGUUCAAAGAUCAAGCAUGUUUUUUUCCUCAUCCAACAUUUUAGGUGUUUUGUUUUCCACGUUGUUACUCCGAUACGUUUAAAUGUGUUACUGUAAGUUACCUUUAAUAAUUUUUUACACAUAGUUGAAGCUUGUGUUAAGUUCAUAUGUUUAUUUAAUGUGUCAGCCUGAGAGGAUAAAUCAUUUUUUCUACCAUUCCGGUCAAACCGCAGUCACUCCACGUUUUUCACUCUGUUAGGUUUCUUUGUUUCUAUUUAUUUAAAGCUCCAAUGUUUCCACUGCAUUGUUCACACUAUGCAAACUGAAUAUUUAUUACGUAGUUUUAUUUAGAUGAAGCAGCAGAAUGUGUGAUCAUUUGAUUCAGCGUUCAUUUCAGAGUAUGAUGAUAAAACACAUGUAGAGUAUGGGUUUUUAUUUCCACAGGCCUUGUCUUACUUCCAGCAACCUCAGAUGCAGCUUUUUCUUUAUUCUAUACUUGAGGAUGGUGACCUUAAUGUCUAACAGUAUUUAUUUUGUAGUUGAGCCUCAUUCAUGGGGGGGGGGUUUCAGAAAAUGUUUUGAUAUCUAAGAUUUUCCUCAAAUGAGAACUUGAACUUCAUUUUUUCCCCCGCAGUGUUUUAGUAAGGGCAGAUAUUGUGGAUUACAGAAACUGAUGCAAAAUUCAAUGGGAGUGGCAUUGUGCCUUUGCUGACAGAUUCCAGUGUGUUUGUACGGUUUGCUGUUUAUUGUAAAUGUGUGAAAAAGUUUGGGGUCGUUCCAUAAAGUUCACUUCCUGUUAGACCUCAAGGACAUGCAUUCCUUUGCUUCACUAAUAAAUGACUGUCAGGUUAAUGAGCAGUAACUAUCAAUGAAA